UUACGUCAAUUAAUCUUCCCGAGAAUUAAAUUAUUAAACAUUAUGUUCUGCUGUUUGUAUACAAAAUUAAUUCACUCUAGUUAACAACUCUCUGACCUGUUUAAAACUUUCAGCUGAGUAUCUGCAAGAUUCCAUAAAAUCUUUCACUGCAAUCACCUUGUGUGUGACUUCACCUUUAUAGAUUAUAAUUGUGAGGUUAUCUUUAGUUAGUCACUAUUUUCAGAAUUACACAAAAAGUGAGCACAAAAUGCUAAAACCGAAAGUUUUAACUCAGGUGUUAAGCCAAGCGAAUACUGGAGGAAUCGAGAACACCCUAUUGUUAAACCAAGAAGGCACCCUACUAGCUUACAGUGGCUACGACGACAAAAGUGCGCGGGUCACCGCCGCGAUCGCCAGCAACAUUUGGUGCGCCUACGAAAAGAAUUGUCGAAAUGCGUUUAGGGAAGAUCGACCACAAAUGAUUCUCAUGGAGUGUAUGGAGGGUAGAAUCGCGAUCACGCAAGUUGCGCACGUGUUGCUUUGCCUCUAUGCUAGAAAUACCGUCGGAUUUGGAAUGCUGAAGGAGAAGGCCAAUGCUCUUGCUUUGUAUUUAGAGGGCCCUUUGAAACAAAUUACGUUGUCCUAACUGUUUAGUUUAUAUUUUAAUCAAUUUGUAUUGUUAGUUUGUAAUUAAGCACUAGAUCUUCUUGUGUUAUCUAUUACUUUAUUCACAUCCACUGAUUUUGUUCUAGUAAUAUGUAUUUUAUACAAAUUAAAUUACAUCUGUGAUA